UGUACUUUUCCCAACACUGGUGCUCGUAUUAUGAUGUUCAUUGGUGGUCCAGCCACUCAGGGGCCUGGAAUGGUGGUUGGAGAUGAAUUGAAGACACCUAUAAGAUCCUGGCAUGACAUUGAAAAAGACAAUGCCAAAUAUGUAAAAAAGGGAACUAAGGUAAUUUUGGUUUUUAAGUCUUUUUGCUUUAUUAGACCAUGUAGAGGGUACAUGGUAAUGGGCGAUUCUUUCAACACUUCCUUAUUCAAGCAAACUUUUCAAAGAGUCUUUACCAAAGAUAUACAUGGACAGUUUAAAAUGGGCUUUGGUGGUACAUUAGAAAUAAAGGUAAGAGUCAAAACUUGCCAUGUGGUAUGUUACCAAGAGAGGAGAUUCAUGAGCAGAGGCAUAGAGGAGAUAGGAUCAGGUGGCACUUGUCAGUGGAAAAUAUGUGGACUCAGUCCCACUACAACUUUAGCUGUAUAUUUUGAGGUUGUCAAUCAGCAUAAUGCUCCAAUUCCUCAAGGAGGGCGUGGUGCAGUCCAGUUUGUGACUCAGUAUCAGCAUCCAAGUGGGCAGAGACGCAUCCGAGUGACCACUAUUGCUAGGAAGUAAGUUGUAUUUGUUAGAGAUUAAUUUACGUACUGAAACUAUUCUGGGUAGUGCUUCCAAACUGAAUUUCUUUUUAGGGCGACAUAUAUGAUUUAGAGUGAACAUUUAUGACUAGUAGCAUUUUAUUUCUUUCUAAAUCAACUUAUUUGCUAGAAUAUUCAUUAAGAACUUUGAACUGUGAGAACAAUUUAGAAAAGUACUCUUGAGACACACACUUCAGAAUAUUCUGUUAUUUUGAAGAGGAGAAAAACCAAACAAAUACAUAUUAUCCUGUACGAGGCAAUAGUAAUAUCUAUAUGAAGCAUUAUAUAUAUAUGUGUCUGUGUAUAUAUAAAAUAACAGUAAUUACUAGCAUUAAUUUUCAACUGAUAAUAAAGUUAUUAGCUACUUUUAUCAUUGUUUUCUUCAAGUGUUAAUAGAUAUUUAAUUUGCCUACCAAGUCUUUAUUCAUCUUUUGCUUUGUGGAUUGGGUACUGUCUUGAGAGGGAAUGAAUGCAAAAGACUUAAACAUACUUGUUUGGCUAUAUAAUGGUGUGGUAUAGACCAGUGUUUCUCAAACUAUCAAUGGUGAAGGGCUGUUUUUUUCCCCCCUUUUUUUAUUAAGUACAAUACUUUCAUUAUAUACAAUACUUUAAAAAAAUAAUUUAUUUUAUUUUUGUUGGUGUU